UUACUUUUUGGUAAUUUGACACCAAAAUGGCAAAAUCUUUGAAGGGCCCAUAAUAAACGAAUUCAUCGAUCCUGGUUCAGUGACUGACGACCAUGGAGUUUCUGGACGAGGACGCUAGACCCAGAUUCGUCCUCCAGUCCAAGCCCUUACUUCAAACUACCGGCGACGACUCCAAUCCCCAAUACGGGUCCCUGCGUCGACCCGCUUUCUUCAUCUCCCUCUCUAUCUCCAUUCCACUCCUUUCUCUUUCGCUGCUUUACUUCACCUCCGAACCCCUCAGAUCGAUCCUCUUAUGGCUCUCCAUUUCCCUCCUCAUCGGGCCGUUCGCGCCCCUUUCUGUCACCGCCGGCGACAUACGGGUCGGCGUCGGCCCUCCUAUCCAGCCCGACGAUCCCGAGCCAGAAAUCUUUAAGAAACCGGCCAGUAAGAAAUCAGCCAAACCAUUGAGGAAACCACUUGAAUCCGGAUCCGGGUCUCCCUCAAUCGGCUCUGACCCCCCUAUACAUAUCAAUGGCUUUGCGGAGAAAUCCAAGAAAAUUGAGGGGGUGGCGGAGGAAAAGGAUUGGAGUGAAGACGGAGACGUUGACCUCCUCAGAAAACUGUUAGGGAAGCAUCCAGUGGGCAAGCCUGGAAGAUGGGAGGCUAUAGCGGAGGGGUUUAACGGGAGGCACGGAGUGGAGAGCGUGAUAAAGAAGGCGAAAGAGUUGGGAGAAAAGAAAACGAGCAAUGAGGAUUCGUAUCAGAAAUUUCUGAAGGAUCGAAAGCUGAUUGAUGAGAAGGGUCGAGUAAAGGAGAGCACUGAGGCUCUGUUGGAGGGGAAAGGAGGAGGGGAAGAGGAGAAUGAAGUGUGGAGUGGUGGGGAGGAUUUAGCUCUGCUUAAUGCUUUGAAGGCAUUUCCUAAGGAAGCAGCAAUGAGGUGGGAGAAGAUCGCUGCGGCUGUGCCUGGGAAAGAAAAGUCUGCUUGCAUCAAGAGAGUGGCUGUGUUGAAAAGGGGGUUUAGGAGCUCCAAGGCUGCUGCUGCUUCUGCAUCUUCUGCUUCUUGAUCAGGUCCAUCACAUUUUUAGAUCAAGGAAUUCAUAUUCGUUUAGGCAAAAUUUUACACAAGCAGAAGAAGUCAGUAGCACACAACUCAACCAUUAUUAUUUAUUUAGUAGAACAUCAACCAUGAUAGAGUAUAUGCCAUUGUUGUUGGAAAAAACUUAUCUCUUGUUUUUUUGCUUAAAUGUAGCGUUUUAAGCAUUGUGCUUAAUUUUAACACUUCAAAGCUGAAAAGCGCGCUUCUCUGCUUUGAAAUUGAUCAAUUUUUUAGCUAAGCACUUAUGCAGAACUACCCUUCUUGACAAGACAAGUAGAAUAUGCCCAAAAAUUG